CUUCUUUAUUUUGCACAUGUUCAAACGUAUUUUUUUUCUGGCCAAGGUGACUACUUUUUUUUAUUUUCCUGCUGUUCCUUGAACGCAGCCGAUACGACGGUAAAGAUGCAGACGCCAGUACAGUCCAUUAUUCACAGUGGCUACUUUCACCCAACACUCAGAUACUGGCAGACCUGUGCCACAGAUAUAAAAACAGAGAACCUCAUUUACCCAAUUUUCAUCACAGACAAUGUUGAUGCUGUGGAGCCUAUUAAGAGCCUACCUGGACAAGCCAGAUGUGGGGUGAACAAACUGGAAGGAAUGUUGCAGCCACUUGUCGAGAAUGGUUUGAAAUGUGUGCUGAUCUUUGGGGUGCCCGCGAAUAUAGCAAAGGACGACCGAGGGUCAGGGGCCGACACAGACGACACGCCCGCCGUGAUGGCCGUGAAGAAGAUCAGAUCCUUAUUCCCUGACCUGCUGGUGGCAUGCGACGUCUGCUUGUGUCCCUACACAUCGCAUGGCCAUUGUGGUAUCCUGAAUGAAGAUGGUUCGCUGAACAUCGAUGCUAGCUGUUUGAGACUGGCAGAAGUAGCACUAGCCUAUGCCAAAGCUGGUUGUCACAUAAUUGCUCCUUCUGAUAUGAUGGAUGGCAGAGUUGGGGCCAUAAAACAAGCGCUGCUUUCCAAUGGGUUGGGAAACAAGGUAAAUCGGCCGAAUAAAGAACUAUUACAAACGAAUAACUUGAGUCAAUCUAAAAAGGCAGCGGCACAGCAUCGUUGAUUU